UGUUUAGCAGCGGAAAAGAGCUUCUAUUGGACAAAUGCCUUUCAUGUUUCGUUGUCUUCCGUUUGGUUUCGUUACGCGUCCACCGAGUCAUAGACUACUCUGUCAGCCAUUCUGAUACAGAGCCAGUAGUCUAUUCUGAAGACGAUAGCGCAAUACUAUAGCCAAGUAAUCUACAGAUCGGAACUAAACAUGAUCAUCGACAGAGUUAUCUACAACGGCUUCAACACUUUGAAUCCAGGGACUGCUAUGACGAGCCCAGUUUAUAUGCAGUCUUUUUAUCCGGAUAGCUGUUUUAUGGAGCUCAACAACUCUUUCUGUACUCCAAACGAAUUUGAUGCCUCAGGCAAUGUUGGAAGCCCAAUUUCAUCAACAGCAAGUACUGAUACAAAAGAGUUUUCCAUGAGUGAGGUGCGGUCUUUCGAACGUUUCCAAGGUGUGCGUGUGAAGAAUACUGUGAAAGAACUGAUCAUGCAGAAACGCCGCAACCACAGGGUUCAUCAGCAUCCUGAGGGAGAAUGCACAGCCUUGAUAGCCCUUCUCCAAGGGCAGAAGAGGACUGCAGACUGCAUGAUAACAGAUUUUCCUGCUAAAAGACUUUGUACUUCAAAGGGAAUGCAGAUUGUGAGCCCUCCAAACAUAAGCACAAUCGAUGCUGACAUCCUGGACCUGGGAUAUGAGUCCAUGAAAUCUGAGAUCUCCCCUGAAGAGACCAGCCCAGACCCCUUCAGCUUUGUCGGCUGUCAGUCACUUUACCCUCAAAACCAGCUCCCACAUGCAGUUGGAAACUCUUACAUCCCCCAGGCUUUUACACCUCAACUCUCCCCAAACAGCAUUUGUCCAUUGGCUCAGUUUGCUGAAGGGGAGCCAAUGUCCUUCUUUCAAUGGCAGAUCCAACAGGAAGAGAAGAAGUUGGCCAGUUUCACCCCCGAGAUGCUCACAAGCCAGGAUGACGAUGGAGACACAUUCCUGCACAUAGCUGUGGCACAGGGCAGAAGGGCUGUGGCUUUUGUGCUGGCCGACAAGAUGGCAAAAAUUGGUAUGCUGGAUAUGAAAGAACACAAUGGUCAGAGUGCACUUCAGUUGAGUGUUGCCGCCAAUCAACAUCUGAUAGUACAGGACCUGCUGAGUCUGGGGGCUCAGAUCAACACCGCUGACCGCUGGGGUCGCUCCCCUCUGCAUGUGUGUGCAGAGAAGGGCCACAUUCUCACUCUCCAGACCAUCCAAAGAGCCAUGAAAGGCAAAGGACAAAAACUCAAUGUGGAGGAAUUCAACUACGACGGCCUUACUCCUCUUCACACAGCAGUGCUGUCCCACAAUGCUGUGGUUCAUGAGUUGAGUUGUAUGGCGACCCACCAGUCUCCUGGAGCAACAGAGCUCGUGCAGAGGAGGAAACUACUGGGGGAGUGUGUCAGCAUGCUCCUGCUUAUGGGUUCCUCCUGUGCAACAAAGGAUCGUAAAAGUGGACGCACUUCCCUGCAUAUGGCUUCGGAAGAGGCUAAUGUGGAGCUCUUACGCGUCUUCCUGGACCAGCAAGGAUCUCUGUCUUCGGUCAAUGCCAAGGCAUUCAGUGGAAACACAGCGCUGCACAUUGCCAGUGCUAUACAUGGUCGCUUGGCUCAGGUGGAUGCUGUAAAACUGCUGAUGAGGAAAGGGGGCGACCCCAGCGCCAUGAACCUAGAGAAAGAGCAGCCGGCCCAGCUGGUGUCUAAAGGACCCAUUGGAGACCAGGUGCGUCGUAUCCUGAAGGGGAAGGGCUACCAUGCUCGGUCCUCAGCAAAGUAGAGCGCAGGAUGUAAUCCUCAGUCUAGAAACACUGUCAGUUAGACAGUCCGGUCCAGUCUAUGUAAAAACGAUUUGCUAUCGUUUGUAUGGCAAAUGUCAGUUGUUUCAAUGAAACAGUGAAUGUUGUUCGCUACUGUGUAGUUUAAAGGGAAUGUUAUUUUAAAACUUUAUGACAAUGGAAAGAGCUUGUUAACCACAAUUGGUGGAGCCCACAGGCUGCCUCACCUGUUAUUCCAGUAUAAAACACAUUGGACUGGAAUCUGCAUCAUGUUAAAACUAUGGCAUGAAUAUUUUUUAUUUUAGGAUUGAGUUGUUGCAACUGUUUGGUACUGUUUUAAUUAAUAGUCCAUUUUGUGAAAGUGCAUUGGAAGGAUGUCUUUAAUUAUGAUAAAAACACCCUGCCCCAUAAUCCUAUUAGUAAUUCAUUACAAUUCAUUAAUUAAUUACUAUUAAAGUCAUUUCGAUUUGUUUUGUAAAUGUUGAUUGCAUACCAGAAGCUCAAUACAUUCCUUGGAUAUGGUGUGAGUGUGGGGGUAUUGCCUUUAUUUAUAUAUGUGUAAGUGUAGUUAACAUUAUUAACACAUUUAGUGAGUUGUCUAGUCACAAAUAAUUAAGGCAUAUUGUAUCAUUGUUUAUGCAGUCGUUGUUUUCCAAAAUGUUUCUUUAUUAUAAAGAACAUUUAAAUACUGAGUGUAAUUGAUUUUGUGUAAUCUUUUUUGGAAUGUUGAUGUCAGAUUAUGAAUUUACUAAUCGUUUUUGCUAUUAUCAGAUUUGUUAACACUAA